GGGGCCUUACUGCUGGCUCUCUGCUCACGUGUGUUGCUGGUUUUUGCCGAUUCUGGGACUUUUCUUGAUGUGAACGGUUUCCUAUUAGCAGAACAGCCGCCAUGGGCGACCAGGGGUUAAUUCUCAAUAUCUCAGAGGCUCCUGUAAAGGGGAACAAGAAGUUCCAGAAAUCCCAGCAAUCUAGGGGGAAAUGGAACCGUAAGGCUUUGAAAAGAAAGUCCCAACAAUCCGGUGAGGCGCCUCCGUCCAAACGGCCAGCGCCUCCAGCCAAGGGGCCGACGCCUCCGUCCAAACAGCCAGCGCCUCCAGCCAAGGGGCCGACGCCUCCGUCUAAGCAGGCAGCGCCUCCAUCCAAACGGCCAGCGCCUCCAUCCAAACGGCCAGCGCCUCCAUCCAAACGGCCGGUGCCUCCUGCAUCUUCAGAAAUUCACGGCAACGAUAAAUCCCGCAAGAAUCCGAAGGCUGAUCCCUCACCCAAGAAAGGUCCGGCAGGAAGGAACGAGGAGCGUCCAAAGGGAAGGCCGGCGGUCAAGACAUCGUCCCUGUUCAAGAACAAUCCGGAGCUGCCUGACAUUGAGAGAUCAGAAGUAAAACAAGUGCAGGAAAAAGUCUUCUCCUCCGACUCCUUCUGUGAGCUGGGACUGCAUCCACACCUGGUGGCCACUCUCACGAAAGUCCUGGAAAUGAGCAGAAUGACCAGCGUCCAGAAGAUGACGAUCCCGGCACUGCUGUCCGGAAGAGACGCCCUGGUUCGCUCACAGACCGGAUCCGGGAAAACCUUGGCUUAUGGGGUCCCCCUGGUGCAAGGACUACAGGGAGUCGCCCCAAAAAUCCAGCGCAGCGACGGUCCGUACGCCCUCAUUUUAGUCCCUACGAGAGAGCUCGCUCUGCAGAGUUUUACCACCAUUCAGAAGCUUCUGAAGCCUUUCACGUGGAUUGUGCCUGGAGUUUUGAUGGGUGGAGAGAAGCGAAAGUCAGAGAAGGCCAGGUUGCGGAAGGGCAUCAAUAUUCUGAUCUCCACUCCGGGGAGGCUGGUCGAUCACAUCAAGUCUACGAAGAGCAUUCACUUCACUCACCUCCGCUGGCUCAUAGUGGACGAGGCGGACAGGAUUCUGGAUCUGGGAUUUGAGAAAGAUCUGACGACCAUCCUGAACGCCCUGAACUCUCAGAGCGAGCGGAGGCAGAAUGUGCUGCUGUCCGCAACGCUGACCCAAGGGGUGACCCGUCUGGCGGACAUCAGUUUACAGAACCCGAUCACGGUGACGGUGGCAGAGGAUUCUGGUAAUGACUCGAGGUCGGAGCAGGAGGCCACGGACACGGACACGGACACGUCGGGGUUCGCCAUGCCGGAGAAGCUGCGCCAGCUCACAGUGGUGGUCCCCAGUAAGCUGAAGCUGGUCACGCUCUCUGCCUUCAUUCUGGGGAAGUGGAAGUCGGAUCCCAAACCAAAGAUGAUCGUCUUCUUCCCGAGCUGUGAGCUGGUGGAGUUCCAUCAUAUGCUGCUCCGCCACGUCCUACCCCUGCCCAACCCCCCCAAAGACCAGGCCGUGUUCCUGCGGCUACAUGGGAACAUGGAGCAAAAGGAAAGGACGGAAGUUUUCCAGCAAUUCACUGCGGCCCGAGCUGGGAUACUGCUGUGUACGGAUGUUGCUGCUCGGGGACUAGACCUACCUCAAGUUACCUGGAUUGUACAGUACAACGCUCCAGCGUCUGCUGCUGAAUAUAUCCAUCGUGUUGGACGUACCGCCCGGCUUUGCGCCCGGGGGAGCAGUCUGCUCAUCCUGAUCCCUUCAGAGGCUGAAUACAUUCAGACUUUGGUUAAUCACAAAAUAAGUGUCUCAGAGAUGAAGAUGGAGGAGAUCUUGUCCAACCUUCUGCAGGAGGACUUUCUGAUAAUCAAGCGAGGGAAGAGGGCCGAGACGCCGGAACCCCAGGCUGUACGGGAGAGGGCCACUGUAUUACAGACUAAGUUUGAGGACUACAUACACGCCAGCGCGGAGGCAUCACUAUCUGCAAAGAACGCCCUGCAGUCCUACAUUCGCUCUUACGCCACCUACCCCAAGAAUCUGAAGCACGUCUUCCAUAUACGUUCUCUGCACCUGGGUCAUGUAGCCAAAAGUUUUGGCCUGAGAGACGCCCCACAGAACCUCAGCCAUCAGCUGGCGGGAAACUCUAAGAAGAAGAAAGCAAUGAAGCCCAAGAAGACGGUGAGGACGAAGCAGAGGUUUUCAGACCUCCUGAAGUCGGAGUUCUCCAGCGGACUCCCUCCACGACCCAAGAAAAGGAAGACUCCUCAGAGUGACGAGAAGGAGCCUUGAGCUGUGGGAACUG